AUGCAGAUUGUACCACCAGAGAAGGAAGAAGACAGUAAGAUUGUUACCUGGGAUGGUGAGAACGAUCCAAAGAGCCCGAAGAACAUGCCCGAGUUGCGUAAAUGGAUGAUUGUUGUCUCGAGUGGUCUGAUGACUUUCUGUGUGUCAUUUGCCAGUUCUGUGUUCUCGACCACGACUUUCGUAACAGCGAAACUGUUUGGUGUCAGCAGCGAGGUCAUGAUAUUGGGUCUUUCGCUAUACGUGCUUGGUUUUGCUUUUGGACCUUUGGUCUGGGGACCGCUGUCCGAAGCAUAUGGCCGCACUCGUCCUCUCUUUGCUGGAAUGAUCAUUUUCUGUAUCUUUCAGGUUCCCGUCGCUGUCGCUCAAAACCUGCAAACGAUCUUCAUCUGUAGAUUCCUUGGCGGAGUUGCUGGUGCCGCUCCUCUGGCGAUCGUCGGAGGCAUGUUCGUUGAUUUCAUGGAACCCAUCAACCGUGGUGUGGCUACAAGUGUCUUCGCCGGAGCAGUAUUUGCUGGGCCUGUAGCUGGACCUGUAGUUGGCUCCUUCAUCACAUAUAGCUAUCUCGGUUGGAGAUGGACUGCCUGGAUCACUCUCAUCAUGUCGGCUUUCUUCACCAUCGUCGCUUACCUAGUGACACCGGAGACUUACGAGCCUGUCUUGCUUGCGUGGAAGGCUGAGAAGCUCCGUCAUGAGACCAAGGACUGGGCCCUGCACUCCAAGAGCCAAGAGGAGCCCCUCAACCUCGACACUAUCAUCAACAAAUACCUCAUGAAGCCACUCCACAUGAUUGCCAAAGAGCCCAUCCUCAUCGUUCUGACAGUCUACAUGAGUCUCGUCUACGGUAUCCUGUACCUGACUUUCGAAGCCUAUCCUAUCAGUUUCGAAGAGGAUCGUGGUUGGUCUCCUGGUCUUGCCUCCCUACCAUUCAUCGCAAUUUUCAUCGGAGUUGUCCUCGCUUGCGCCAUCAUUGGAACCUUUAGCAAGACGUGGUAUGCCAAACGUCUCAUUGAAUCUGGCAAGCUGAAUCCCGAGGACAGACUCCCGCCAAUGAUUGCGGGUUCAGUGAUUCUACCCAUUGGUCUUUUCUGGUUCGCAUGGACGUCGCAUCCUGAUACUCAAUGGGCUGCCCAAGUGGUUUCAGGUAUCUUCAUUGGCCUGGGCAUCAUUCUGAUCUUCAUGAGCGGUGUCACAUACAUGGUCGAUGUGUACUUGCUCAAUGCCAAUAGUGCCAUUGCAGUCAACACAUUCAUCAGAUCUGGAGUAGCUGCUGGGUUCCCCAUGUUUGCAACCUACAUGUUUGAUGGAUUAGGUGUCGAUUGGGCGACAUCGUUGCUGGCAUUUGUCUGCAUUGCACUCAUUCCUUUCCCUCUUAUCUUCUGGUUCUACGGCAAGAAGAUUAGAAGCUUGAGCAAGUUUGCCUUUGACCUAAAUUAG